AUGGCUAAUCCUAAAGUCUUCUUUGACUUGACCGUUGACGGCAAACCUUCUGGUCGGAUCGUGAUAGAGCUCUUCGCCGACUUGACACCGCGAACUGCGGAGAACUUCAGAACCCUAUGUACCGGCGAGAAAGGCGUGGGAAAUUUUGGUAACCCACUCCACUACAAGGGAUCAACCUUCGACCGUAUCGUUCCCGAUUACAUGUGGUGCGGUGGAAAUAUCAUCAUCAGAGAAGAAUCGUUCUACGCCGAAGAAUUAAACGAUGACAAAGAGUCAUCAGAGUACUUCAUCUUGAACCUCGACGGUCCAGGUAUAAUCUCCAUGCCACGCCCCGACGGAUCUUACUUCCAGAUCCUCAUGAAGGAGGGCUUGGAGCUGGAUGAUGAUCACGUUGUGUUCGGUAGAGUUGUUGAAGGACUGGAACUUAUGAGGAGCAUUGAGGAGGAUGUCGUAACUGAAACAAGGAAGCCUUCCAAGCCCGUGGUGAUCGCAGACUGCGGCGAGCUUUCAGAUUCUAGUUCUGAAAUAAUGAUCUUUUUUAAUUUUUGGAGUUUAAACUGGCUAGCCAUUGACUAA